AUGCGUCACUUUGGUUUGAGGUCUCUUCUCCCGAGUCACUGGAAGGGAGCUUCACAGCUCCACUAAGACCAACACCGAAUCAGUGCUUGGACACGAACCAGGCAAGGCUAAAAGGAUUGGACUGUAGCCGAAGCCUUUAACGAAACAGUGAAAAUGAAAAGUAAAAAUAGCAAAGAAGACACAGCAAUGGAAAAGGGAAAAGUGGAACAAAAUGGGGAAAUAAGUGAAGCUAAUGAGAAGGAAAAGCCGAAAGAAAAGCUGGAAAUGGUCAGCCCAUUAGCUAUUUUUCGUUAUGCGGAUGGACUGGAUAAAUUUCUAAUGAUAGUGGGACUACUGAUGGCUAUGGCCAAUGGCGCAGUGCUUCCUGCUAUGGCAGUCGUCUUCGGAGACAUGACCGACAGCUUUGUGGAUGAUGCCAAAAACAUAACCAUUCCAUCUAAUGAAACACUGGGAGACCAAUUGACAAGGCAUGCCAUUUACUACUCAAUCAUGGGAGCCAUCGUGCUGGUGGCCGCUUACCUGCAAGUCGCCCUAUGGACACUGGCUGCGGGAAGACAGGUCAAAAGGCUGAGGAAGCUGUUCUUCCAUGCCAUUGUGCAGCAGGAAAUUGGGUGGUUUGAUGUCAACGAGACAGGCCAACUUAACACACGCUUGACUGACGAUAUUUACAAAAUCAACGAGGGCAUUGGUGACAAGCUGGGGAUGCUGCUACAGUCCAUAACCUCGUUUCUCACGGGGUUUGUGGUGGGCUUCAUAAAGGGCUGGAAACUGACCCUAGUCAUCUUGGCCAUCAGCCCCGCGCUGGGAAUUUCCGGCGCGGUGCUCUCUAAGCUCAUGACGUCAUUCACCUCCAAGGAGCAGACGGCUUACGCCAAGGCCGGGGCCGUGGCUGAGGAGGUUCUCUCAGGAGUGCGCACGGUCAUGGCCUUCAGUGGACAAAGAAAGGAGAUUCAGAGGUAUCACAGAAAUUUAGAGGAUGCCAAGAAUGUGGGUGUGAAGAAAGCUAUCACUGGCAACAUUGCAAUGGGCUUCACCUUCCUGAUUAUAUACUUGUCAUACGCCCUGGCCUUCUGGUAUGGUAGCACUCUCAUUCUGUCUGGCGAGUACUCCAUUGGGUCACUGCUAGCGGUUUUCUUUGCCGUCAUCAUUGGCGCAUUUGCAUUGGGACAAACCACGCCGAAUAUACAGUCAUUUGCCACCGCGCGGGGAGCUGCCCACAAGGUCUUCGCUGUCAUCGACCAUAAACCAAAAAUCAACAGCUUUUCAAAGGAUGGCUACAAACCAGAUAUAGUUAAAGGGAAUAUCGAAUUUCAGAACAUCCAUUUCCAUUACCCAUCACGGCCAGACGUCAAAGUCCUGAAUGGCAUUAAUCUGAGGGUGAACUGUGGGCAGACCAUGGCCCUCGUGGGGAGCAGUGGCUGUGGGAAAAGCACCACCGUUCAGCUGCUGCAGAGGUUCUAUGACCCAGACCAAGGAACGAUCAGCAUCGAUGGACACGACAUCCGCUCCUUGAAUGUUCGUUGCCUGAGGGAGAUGAUUGGUGUGGUGAGCCAGGAGCCAGUGCUCUUCGCCACCACCAUUGCAGAGAACAUCCGCUAUGGUCGUCUAGACGUGAGCCAGGCGGAGAUCGAGCAGGCCACCCGCGAGGCCAACGCCUAUGACUUCAUCAUGAAACUCCCUGAUAAAUUCGAAACCCUGGUGGGAGACAGAGGUACCCAGCUGAGCGGUGGUCAGAAACAAAGGAUUGCCAUCGCCCGCGCUCUCGUCCGCAAUCCCAAGAUACUCCUCUUGGAUGAGGCCACGUCUGCCUUGGAUUCAGAGAGUGAGACAGUCGUACAGGCCGCUCUGGACAAGGUGAGACAAGGUCGGACAACCAUCGUGGUGGCCCAUCGCCUUUCAACUAUUCGCAAUGCUGACGUCAUCGCUGGCUUUGAGAAUGGAAAGAUCGUGGAAUUGGGUUCUCACAGUGAGCUGAUGGCCCAACAUGGGGUAUACCACACCCUGGUCACCAUGCAGACAUUCAAAAGUGCUGAGACCAUGGAUGAGGAGGAGGAAGAGGUCAUUAUGGAUCAGAAGAGUCCAGCUGUCAUGUCCGGGUCUGAAACCACCCUCUUCCGGAGGAAAUCAGCCAAAGCAUCCCCUGAAAACACGAAGGCAGACCAGGAGAAAGAUAAAAGUGACCAAACUGAGGCAGAGGAGGAGAAGGUUCCACCAGUUUCGUUCCUGAAGGUGCUGCGUCUGAACUUGCCGGAGUGGCCGUACAUUGUGGUGGGCAUUUUUUGUGCCAUAAUCAACGGGGGCAUGCAGCCCGCCUUCGCCAUCAUCUUCUCCAAAAUUAUUGGGGUAUUUGCUGAAACGAACAUAGAUGUCGUCAGAGAACGGGCCACAUUCUUCUCCCUGAUGUUUGCGGCUCUUGGAGUUGUUUCCUUCGUCACAAUGUUUUUUCAGGGUUUCUGCUUUGGAAAGGCUGGGGAGAUUUUAACCAUGAGGCUGAGAUUUAUGGCUUUCAAGGCAAUGCUGAGACAGGAGCUGGGCUGGUUUGAUGACCCCAAGAACAGUGUGGGAGCCCUUACCACCAGGCUUGCCACAGACGCUGCCCAAGUACAAGGCGCAACAGGUAUCAGGUUGGCCACGCUGGCCCAGAAUGUGGCCAACCUGGGGACGUCUAUCAUCAUAGCGAUGGUGUAUGGCUGGCAGCUUACCCUGCUCAUCCUCGGCAUUGGGCCCCUGUUGGCCAUUGCUGGAGCGAUCCAGAUGAAGGCACUGACUGGACACGCUAUUAAGGACAAGAAAGAGCUGGAGGUGGCAGGGAAGAUUGCAACAGAAGCCAUUGAGAACAUCCGCACGGUUGUGUCACUGGCCCGUGAAAACAAAUUUGAGUCUCUCUACCAGGAGAACCUAGUAGUGCCAUACAGAAAUGCAAAGAAAAAGGCUCAUGUUUACGGCAUGACAUUCGCGUUUUCACAAGCCAUCAUUUACUUUUCCUAUGCUGGCUGUUUCCGCUUUGGGGCCUGGCUGAUUGAAGAGGGUCACAUGAAUUUUGAGGACGUUUUUCUGGUUGUUUCUGCUGUGCUGUAUGGAGCUCUUGCAAUCGGAGAGGCCAACUCUUUUACUCCAAACUAUUCCAAAGCCAAAAUCUCCGCUGCACACUUGUUCAUGCUGAUUAAUCGAGUUCCUGCCAUCGACAACGAUUCAGAUGAGGGAGAAAAGCCAGACAAGUUCGACGGAAACGUCAAGAUCGAGAACGUUCAGUUCCACUACCCGUCCCGGCCAGACGUGUCCGUCCUGCAGGGGCUCAGCAUGCGGGUGAAGAAGGGGCAGACCUUGGCGCUGGUCGGCAGCAGCGGCUGCGGGAAGAGCACCAUCAUCCAGCUGCUGGAGCGCUUCUAUGACCCAGUGGACGGGACUGUGAUGCUGGACCAGCAGGACUGCAAACACCUGAACAUCCACUGGCUACGAGCACAAAUGGGAAUCGUAUCCCAGGAGCCUGUGCUGUUUGACUGCAGCCUGGCAGAGAAUAUCGCCUACGGUGACAACAGCAGGGCCGUCAGUCAGGAAGAAAUCGUACAGGCAGCCAAAGCUGCUAACAUCCAUUCCUUCAUAGAAGGCCUGCCACAGAAAUACAACACGCAGGCUGGAGACAAGGGCACCCAGCUCUCGGGAGGUCAGAAACAGCGGGUAGCCAUCGCCCGGGCCUUGCUUCGAAAUCCCAAGCUCCUCCUCCUGGACGAGGCCACGUCUGCUCUGGACACAGAAAGUGAAAAGAUUGUGCAGGAAGCCCUGGACAAGGCCAGAGAGGGCAGAACCUGCAUCGUGGUGGCCCACCGUCUGUCCACCAUCCAGAACGCUGACCGCAUCGCCGUGCUUCAGAACGGCGUGGUGGUGGAGCAGGGCACGCACCAACAGCUGCUGGCCAAGCAGGCCGCGUACCACACCCUGGUCACUUCCCAGCUGGGGUACAACGAAACAACACCGAAAGCAGAGGCAGAAUGAGAACACUCACGCCAACGAGCGUCGCUCCACGGCCAUGGUUCAGAACCGAAAGGCUUAAGGACACGGGGGUGGGCACCAGGCUUAUUUAUUCUCAAACCACGUUGGAAGCCUCUGCAUUGCAUUUUCGGCUCCAUACGUGCCAUGCUGUGAACCACAUUCGUCACUGUGUCUGACAAUUUUGCUGUAUUCUCACCAUUUGCUAAUCAACCCAUGUCAAGCCAUAUUUCUGUCCAGUAGCCGCUGCUUUGAUUGACUUUAUUUUGCUUCAUGUUUACACACCCACUUUUAUAUAGAAUUUUAAUAUUGGGAAAACAUGAAGAGAUUAUGGAGUAAUGCAGUGACUCUAGAAAUUCCCUCCUUAAGUAUUACAUGCUACAUUUUCCUUUUUGUUUUCAAUUAUAUUGCUAACUGGACUAACACUGGCUCUUGUAAAGCCUUUCCGUUUAAAUGUAUUUUAAGUUUUAAUUACACAUUUUUUUUAAAUCUUUUUUUACUUCCCGUCAGUAUACUCAAGGGUUGUCAGGGGGAGAUUUUUACCUUGAGGACUUCUCUGAAAUGCUUGAAUGCCAAGGAAGUGCCUUUUAGAACUAAAUAUGUUCCCUUCCUGUACGUAUGCUGUUUCCUAUGACUGCAAUAGAAAUCUUUACAAAUAUUUAUAUCGUUUUGGGCACCCUUACAAUAAAUUCUCAAAUCUGAA